AAAGUCAAGUCUUCCCUUUCUCAGUCAAUCUGAAUUAUGAAUAAACACUAUUUUCUUUUCACCUUAGUCCUUCCCCCUUUUAUAUACACUCCUCUUUUUAGUUUCUUCUAAACCACCUAUCUUUAUGAUCUCAUUUCUUAUAAUUUUCUUGCCCUUUCCCAUUCAAACCUGGAUAUCUUUCUUUUAAUCUUCGCAGUUUACAUAUACUAAUUUAAUCUUGGUUGUGUCCACGGUCCAUCUCUUUCUUUUAGACGUGAAAGUAAGAAACCCAAAAAAGUUUGUUAAAUUGAGGAUCUUCUUAAUUUUGGUUGGUAUAUGUUCAUAUGUUUGGUAUAAUUAUGGAAAAUUGUAACGGCGGUUCAAGUUCUUCUCCAGCUCCUUUCUUGUCAAAGACAUAUGAAUUAGUAGAUGAUCCUUACACAAAUCCAGUCGUUUCUUGGAAUCAUAAUGGCCGUAGCUUCGUUGUUUGGAAUCCACCUGAGUUUGCUAGAGAUUUGCUUCCAAAAUACUUUAAGCACAAUAAUUUCUCCAGCUUUAUCAGACAACUUAAUACUUAUGGGUUCAGAAAGGUGGAUCCUGAACAAUGGGAGUUUGCAAAUGAGGAGUUUUUAAGAGGACAGAGACACUUAUUGAAGAAUAUUUAUAGACGAAAGCCGAUCCACAGCCACUCGGCAACAGGAUCACAAUCUGUGGCGCCAUUGACUGAUUCAGAAAGACAAGAAUAUGAAGAAGAAAUUGAGAGGCUGAAAAGGGAAAAUAGCUUACUUCAGUCAUCAGCUGAAAAGCAUGAGAAAUUUAAUCAAGAAUAUGAGUUUGGUGUUAACUCAAUGGAACAACGUUUGCAUAAUAUUGUUCAUAGGCAGGGGAAAUUGAUCUCUCUUUUGGCUCAAUUAUUGCAAAGGCCUGAAUUUUCGUCCGAUUUUAUCGAAUGCACAAACAAUAACAGCAAGAAAAGACGGUUGUUAGUUUCCAAUUACUUAAUUGAGGAAGAGAAUACAACUAACUCUAUAGUUGUUCCAAAGUUAGACAUGGAAGUAGUUAAAAAGCUGGAUUCUUCAAUCAAUUUUUGGGAACGUUUUCUAUAUGGAAUUCAGAAGACUCCAACCGAAGAUCAAAUGUGUGAUUUUGAGCAUACACAACCUUUACCUUCUCCAAUUGUUAUACAUGAAAUGGAUACUUUAUCGGAUGAUUCUGGCAAAAGAAACUCUCCUAUCGAUCACCCAUCAUCGCCUUCAGGGGAUAUACAAUCCUCGCCCGAGUUAGGAGGACCUUUGAGUCCUGUCAUAUCAUCGAUUUAUAUCAAUUUAGAAUGUCAACUUAAGCCAUCAGAUCAGAGCAAUACAAAUACCAAGAUCACCAGUACUUUGAGUAUUGAUGCGAUGAAAAAUCAGGUUGAAAGUAACACUGACACGUCUAAAUCAGUGUCAAACUCGGGUAAUGAUGUAUUUUGGCAACAAUUCUUAACUGAGACUCCUGGUUUAUCUGAGCCGCAGGAAGUUGAGAUAGUAAGUAAAGACAUCGAUGGCUUAACGUGUGAUAGCAUGUUAGCAGAAAACCAGAGAUAUUGGUGGAGUCGCGGAUUUAAUGUAGAAAACCUUGCUGAACGUAUGGGUCUUCUCAGUCCAGCAACGGGAAGCUGAGUUGGUUCACUCUUUCUUUUGACAUUGUAUAUGUCUAUCGCUGAACUUUUUUCCGGUUUGAAGGAGAGUCUUAGAGCAACGGUAAAAUUAUCUCCAUAUGACCUAUAGGUCAGAGGUUCGAGCAGUGAAAGCAGUCAUCACUAAUGCUUGCAUUAGAUUAGACUGUCUACAUCACACCCCUUAGGUGCGAUCCUCCCCGAACGUUCCUUGCGUGAACGUGAGAUACCUUAUGCACCGGACUACCAACUGAUGUCGCCGAAGGAACUCUUGCUGGGUUUUUUUUGUGUAAUAAAUAAUAGAUAGAGUUCCUAGUCCUUAGAUCACUCAGUAAACUGAAGGUAUAUGUUAGCAAUUUUUUGUGGAAUUUUUAGAGACUAUGCUUGUAAUUAUCCUAGUCCUAGUGAGUAAAAUAUUUGUGUUAUAGAGGAUUAGAGCUUUUGUACAUUCAAUGAGUAAACUCUUCAUUUGCAACUUCCCCAUUCA